GGAGAUGAAGUCCUCCAGGCUGUUGAUAUCUCGCAUCCGGCUCUGGAAAAACAUCAGCGGCUCGCCGAGUAAUAGACUGGACAGUUGGAAACGCCAUACUAACCAAGAGGUUGGUGGCGGAUGGCGGUUGACUGGCGAUAUCGGAUGGCGAUUGGGUAGCGGCAUUCUCCGUUCCUUCGGCGACGCUUGGAGCGAUCUGCGGAGACGCCGGUACCGGGUUGGACGCCCUCACUCCCUCAUCUCCCUCCGCCGGACUCUCAUCGGAAUUAAUCGCAUCGACGACGUUAUCAAUCUUCGUAGAAGACAAUUGGGCUAAGUUUUGCGGGUCGAAACUGAUGGAGCAUAUGCUGCCUCCCUCUCUCUCUCGUGGGGUCUCUGCUGCAUCGUCCUGGGGCUGUUGAUUUGCCGGUGUCGUGGCUACAUAGUUUUGGGGAUGUUCGCUGAAGUAGGAAAUUUGCGAGUUAGCCGGCGACUGGUUCAUGGUGACGUUAUUAUGGAAUACUUCGAGUAAAUAGCCAAGUGUGUUGCCAAGUCUCAGGAAUAUUAAAAUGGAUUCAGUGAUAGUGCCUAUUCUGGAUAAAAUUGUGUUGUGUUGAAGUUUCAAGUGUCAUAUACAUAUAUUACAAAAAGACCUUCUAGUGCUACAGGUACGCUUAUCAACAUAGACAGAUAUGGCUUACAAAUUACACUAAUAUAGUUCUUAAAAUUUUAAUUAGGGUCUUAUCCUCCUGAAUAACGAUAGUAUUAUAAUGCCUCAAAUAACCUAUAACCCUGGUCAGCAUACAAUGUCUAGAUUCAAAGAUCAAAAUCAAAAUUUUUACUAUAACUUUUAUGGAAAUUUCCAUCCAAUUUUCUCUAUUAUGAGAAUUAUGUUCUCAAACUCGUGUGAUACAGUUUGUCUGUAUUUAUGCAGCUUGAAAAAUUUUAAUUUGAAGAGCAACUCAAUUAUUUUAGCCAGAAACUUACAAUAGAUCAUCAGAUAUAUCUUGUCGAAACAACUUCAGAUUAUGUUUCUUGCAGCUUUCAGUUUUAUCAAUAAUUUCAUUAAUCAUUGAUAGUAAGAUUGAGUAGGUAAGCUUUUCCUCAUGCUCCACUGGUUGGGUGCCAUUGUGUGAAGUUGUGCUCCUGGGGGGGUUAUCUCUUAUGAUAGAGUCCCACGUUAUGAAGCUAUUGUGAAAAGUUGUAGAUUGCAAUUCCUUCACAGAUAAUACGAUGUUUCUGGUAUUUAUAAGAGCAGUCUCUAAAUUCCCUCUUUUGCGAAUAAAUUCACAAAAAAUUAAGGCCUUCCGGCUCGCAAAAUUACUGGGUUCAAACCUCAGCUCUAGCUCAGUGGUAGAAACAUGAAUUUUAUAAACACAAAUAAUCACCAUAAGGUUCAAGGACCAGGGAUUGAUAAUUCUUACCGCUGCUUCUAUGAAGUUUUUGAAGAAUACCAGUAAGGAAAUUAAAAGAAUAUUUGAUGACUGAUUAUCAGUAACCAUGUACCACUAGAGAAUAAUCAGGACCAACUAUAGUUGUUUCUAGUUGAUUCUUAAAACGCUCGUCGUGAGUACAAGUAUUCACCAAUAUACCCUUUCAAAAUUCCUUAGAACUUACAACGCCAGUUCUUGAAGCUCUCUGGAUCCUUAUAUGAUAUAACUGGAACCUUAUUAAUAUAAUUUCUUAAUAUAUUUGUUCUGGCUGAUGAAAUGAAUAUCAUCAAAGGAUGAUAAAUAUUGAGUGCUCUGAAUAAGGUUAAUAUUAUUUGAUUCUAUGAUUUUAAGUGCUGCUAAAUAUUUGUUGGUACCAAAACAGCUCAAACUAUAUAACACGAGAUGAGUUGGGAUAUAAUAAAAAAUUCUAUAAGUUUGUAUGCUGACAUAAAACACAAAAUAUAUUCCCAUAGAAAAAAUGUGCAUAAAAUAUUCGAUAUAACUAUAAUUCACUUAAAUAAUCUAUUUUUAAAAUCUGAAUAAUUAUCACAGGCUUUGCUAAUAUUCACAAUAAUGAAUUUCAAAUUCAUAAAUAUAUUAUAUUUAAUACUGGUACUUAGACUUCCAAUCAAUAUAAAAUUCUGCAGAUAAAAACCUGUUCGGUCUAUAAGUUUGAUAUGAUAUGUUUUGUUCAAUAAACAAAAUUAAUAUUUAAUAAAUUAAUAUUCGAACAUGAGAUCUCAGGGCUUUUAAUAUGAAUUCGGGCAGUGCAUGGAAGUAAGCUUCCUACAUAUAAUAAAUAAAUUUAUAAAAUGUUCUUGUGAACUAUGUGAUAUUGUUCAACACGUGGUGACUUUUUAUUUUAACUCUAAUUAAUUGGAAUAGCGCUUUUUUAUUAAUUAUUACCCCACUGAACGUAGACAAAUGAGCUCAUUUGGUUUGACUUAUCACUCACUGACUGAAGUUCUGGAUGUUCUCGUGGAUUGAAUUAAUUAUUUCCAAUAAUUAAUUAGGUAGGCUCCUUUUCGUCACUGCUGGGCUAACGUGUGGUCCAGAUUUUUAUAAGUUUCUUUCGAAUUAAAGCUAUUUUUAUGGGAAUCUUUACAAUUACGAACUCCUUGACAGCACUGAGUUCACAAACAAUUAACAUUCAACAAACAUACAUUACAUUUAAAAAAGGGUUUGGCUUAAUAAUUCGUUAAAAAAUUUUUAAAAGGAAUAAGAAAAGACCCUAGACUCCAUGUGCAUCCUCUCGGUUGGGAUCUUAAGCCAGAAGAAAAAGGUUUUCAGAAAAAUUUGCUUCUUCCUAGAAUAAUUCUAUAAGCUACUCUCUGAUUGGCCUCAAUUUAAUAGACUCAAUACAAUUGGUUGCCUUGGGAAUCAGGGCUUCCUCGGCUUUAUAAUAGAAAAAAUUUAAUAAAAGAAGUUUUUUAUACAGAUAUAUGGGGUAUUUAUCUUAAAUUGAAUUCAUAAAUAAAUCGUAACAUACGAUUUUAAUAGAUAAUACAUUUAGUUUUUAUAUGAGUUUUUUAUACUCUUGAUUUAUCAUGCUUUUUUAGAUUAUAAUAAAUAUUUAUACAGAAA